AGUUUCCUUGUCACUGCUUCAAUAUUGUAUAGCUUUUGUUUCAUUUUCUAGUAAACACCUCAAAGAACAAAACAACUACUUAUUUUGUUAAGUGCUUCUUAUUUUGUUACAACCUUGUCUAAAUGAACACAACAACUAGUUGUUCCACUAGAAUUUUCACACUCUUGUUGAUUAUUUCUUUUUUCCAUCAUGGUGCUUUUACUCUUUCCUCUGAUGGGUUGACUAUUUUGUCACUUUUGACACAUUGGACUUUUGUUCCUACUCUCAUCAGCUCUACUUGGAAUGCUUCUGAUUCCACUCCAUGUUCAUGGAUUGGUGUUGAAUGCGACCAUACCCACAAUUUGAUUUCCCUUAACCUCACUGGUCAUGGGAUUUUUGGUCAACUUGGAUCAGAAAUUGGAAACCUUUAUCACUUGCAGACCCUUUUGUUGUUGGGUAAUGGUUUCUCAGGAAAUGUGCCUUUAGAGUUAAGUAAUUGUAGUUUGCUUGAGUAUUUAGAUCUUUCUGGGAACAGAUUCAGUGGAAAAAUACCAUAUAGCUUGAAAAAGUUGCAAAAUUUACUGUUUUUGAGAUUGUCUUCCAAUCUGCUCACUGGUGAAAUUCCAGAUUCCUUGUUUGAAAUUCCUUCCCUUGAAGAAGUGAGCCUGCACAGUAACCUUCUUAGUGGCCUUAUCCCAAACAAUAUUGGAAACUUGACUCAAUUGUUGAGGUUGUAUCUGUAUGAUAAUCAGUUGUCAGGGACUAUUCCUUCUUCCAUUGGUAAUUGCAGUAAAUUGGAGGACCUUGAACUGUCUUUCAACCGUUUGAGAGGUGAAAUUCCAGUAAGUAUUUGGAGAAUUCAAAGUCUUGUGCAUAUCUUGGUUCACAACAACAGUCUUUCUGGGGAACUAUCUUUGGAGAUGACAAAGCUCAAGUAUCUGAAAAAUAUCUCUUUGUUUGACAAUCAAUUCUCAGGAGUGAUACCUCAAAGCUUGGGAAUCAACAGUAGCUUAGUGAAGUUGGAUUGUAUGAAUAAUAAGUUCACUGGUAAUAUCCCUUCAAAUCUUUGCUUUGGAAAGAAAUUGAGUGAACUCAAUAUAGGAAGCAAUCAACUUCAAGGUAACAUACCUUCUGAUGUAGGAAGAUGUGCAACUUUGAAGAGGUUGAUUCUCAGUGAAAAUAGUUUAACUGGGUCUCUUCCUAAUUUUGAAAGUAGUAUGAACCUCAAAUACAUGGACUUGAGCAAGAACAAUAUCAGUGGAUCGAUUCCAUCAAGUUUGGGAAAUUGCACAAAUAUAACAUAUAUAAAUUUGUCAUGGAACAAAUUUGCAGGGCUCAUACCAUCAGAGCUUGGAAACCUGUUGAAUCUUGAGAUUUUGGAUCUUGCUCACAACAAAUUUGAAGGUCCUUUGCCUCAUCAGCUGUCAAAUUGUACUAAAAUGGACCGUUUCGAUGUUGGAUUCAAUUUUCUAAAUGGUUCAUUGCCGUCGAGUUUGAGAAGUUGGACCGGCAUAACCACGUUGAUUUUAAGAGAAAAUCACUUCACAGGGGGUAUCCGAGGAUUUUUAGCAGAAUUUAGCAACCUUCGCGAGUUACAACUUGGUGGAAACUCGCUUGGAGGCAAAAUUCCUCGAUCCAUUGGGAAAUUGCAUAAUCUGUUUUAUGGAUUGAAUCUGAGUGCUAAUGGAUUGACAGGUGAAAUUCCUAUAGAAAUUGGGAAGCUAAGACUCUUGCAAAGUCUGGACAUAUCCUUGAACAACUUGACAGGAAGCAUAGAUGCUCUUAAAAGUCUUGUUUCAUUAAUUGAGGUAAAUGUUUCUUACAAUUUCUUCAAUGGUUCUGUACCAACAGAUCUGAUGAAGUUAUUGAAUUCCUCACCAUCAUCAUUCACGGGUAAUCCUCUUCUAUGUGCUAGUUGUUUGGAUUGCAUUAUAACUAGUUAUGUAAAUGUAUGUGUCACUGAUCACAAAGGCAUCAAUAAAGUACAAAUUGUGAUGAUAGAACUUGGAUCCUCAAUAUUUAUUUCUGCUAUGCUGGUAUUAAUAAUUCGGAUUUAUCUCCGUAGAAAGGAAUUGAAAAAGGCCUCUUAUCUUAAGCCACAGCUUAAGAUCUCAACUGAAAAGGAGUCGCCUUACCUUCAAGAGCUGGUGUUGGAGGCUAUAAAGAACCUAAAUGAUUUGCCUAUUAUUGGUAGUGGAGCACAUGGUAUUGUGUACAAAGUCAUAAUUGAUCAAGAUGUUUUUGCUUUAAAGAAGGUUGAAUUUGGAUGGAAGAAGGAAAAGCGGCUGAGUAUCAUACACAACGAAGUUGAAGUCCUUAAGGAGCUUAGGCAUCGAAAUUUGAUCAAAUGCCUAAAAUGCUGGAUUACAAAGGAAUAUGGUGCAAUCUUAUAUCCAUUCAUGAAAAAUGGAAGCCUUCAUGAUAUUUUGCAUGAAAAGAAACCCCCACCACCCUUAACGUGGAAUGUUCGGUUUAAUAUAGCUGUUGGAAUUGCUCACGGACUAGCUUAUCUGCAUUAUGAUUGUGGUUCCCCAAUAGUGCACCGAGACAUCAAACCAAAGAACAUACUUGUUGACGACGAUAUGGAGCCUAUUAUAGCUGAUUUUGGCACUGCCCUAUACAAGCUGUCUGAUGAUUCUGAUAUUCAUUCUAACACCAGGAAAAUGCUUUCGUCGCAAGUUGUUGGAACCCCUGGCUAUAUUGCACCAGAGAAUGCGUAUGAUAUAGUGCCGGGAAGAAAGUCUGAUGUAUAUAGCUACGGAGUUGUGUUGCUCGAGCUAAUAACCAGAAAGAAAAUGUUAGUUCCCUCUCCGAAUAAUGAGGCGGAGGAGAUCCACAUAGUGUCAUGGGCUAGAUCUGUUUGGCUGGAAAAGGGCAAAAUUGAGAAGAUUGUUGAUCCAUACCUUGCAAAUGCAUUUCCAAAUUCAGUAGCACUAGCCAAGCAAGUGGCUGCAGUGCUUUCAUUGGCAUUACAAUGCACAGAGAAGGAUCCACGAAAGAGGCCAACCAUGAAAGGUGUUAUUGGCUUUUAUAAUAUGAACUUGUUUAAGCAGAGGUGUGAUGAGGUGGAAUAUGGUGAUGGACUUGCAGUUAAACUGAUGGGAAAUGGUAAGAUUCAUGUUGAAAAGAUUGUAGGCGUAGAUGAUCUAGUUGUUCCAAAAAUUGUCUAUGCUAGUCCUAGUUUGAUCUUCCUUCCCUCUGUCACUGGUCCAAUACUCACCACACCUUUCAACUGGUUUUUCCUCACACGUUGGGGCCAAUAUAGGCAUCUGCAGAAUUCCUUGUAUUUGCAGCCCAAAUCAUACUUCUCUAUAAACACCAAUCAAACCGAGUCUGUUAAGAGUCUCACAUUGGUGGACAAUCCUCAUCUUACAAACCGGUUUUGUAAGGAUAGAAUUAGGCCAAACUCCAAUUCUAAGAGAGGCAAUAUUGUGAAUAACAGUGGAAAAAAUUACAAAGGUAGGCGACAAAAGAAGAGAGAGCUUCAGAAAUUGACGUCGAUGGAUGGUGGACUGUAUGUGCCAACCUAAGAUUAUAUCAGCGUAUUAGAGUGCCAUGUAAGCAUCCAUUGUUAACCAUUGUUCAUUAUCAAAUUUUGCCAACUAAUCUUCUAAUCUCUAGUGUUGAUAUGUUAUUUUAGGUUCAACAAAUUUGUUUCUGUACUAAUGCACGCCUCUUCCUCCAAGAAUUACCUUUAUUUCAUUUAGGAAAAACUUGAUGCACAACAUUUCAAGAGGAUUGCUUUCAAGCUUUUGACCCAUAUACACAACUUUUAGUCAUUUUGUCCUUCCAUUCUGAACUGUAACUUUUGCAUAUUAUAAUUUUUUAUUGAAUCAGAUGGAAUAUUGCUAUUGUUUCUGUUAGGAGUCCCACAUUGAGUACAUAAAAUUGCUCAAUGUUGUACCUAGUAUUUUGAGUUGGGCUCUCCUCAUGUGCUUAAGUCCUAAUAAUUGGUGCUUUCAUUCAGAGUUGGGCCAUGGAAAGGGUUACCUAUAGGCUAGAUUAAGGUACUCUUAAGCUCAUUAGGCUGAGCUAUUUGUCUUUCUCUGAUACCAAAUUUAUCAUCCAUUUAUGUUGUUCUUUGGAA